AUGCCGCUUGUCAACGACAAAAUGAAUGCUAAGCAAUACGUUCAAAAUCGUGAAUCUGUCACACAUCAAGGCCGCCCCGAGAAGCGAUCACUGACACCGCAGCCAAACUCCGGCCGUGAAAGGUCGCAGCAGCGACAAGAUGAAGCCCGCCGCAAACUCCACCAGCAGCAGCAGCAGCAGCAGCAGCAGCAGCAGCAGCAACACGCGAGUCACAGCAAGGAAACAAACAGCGAAGCCAUCAGUCGCCGGGAUGCUGCAAAGUUGAAGUUGGACGUCCCGAAUACACUGACGAUUUCGAGUUCAAAGCUUGCUGCUCAGCCGGCUGGAAAGGGUGCAGCCAAAGACCCAGCAGCGAUUCAGCCCAGCAUGUUCUCCCGUCCUUCACCAAGCGUUGAACACCGUCACAAUGCGUUUGACGAUACCCAAAGCAUCCAUCUAGACGACUCGAUGAGCGUGGCCGAGGAGACGAUUCGGCGCACGAAACCUUCCUUCAGCUUCCAUCAUGGCGGGACUAUGCCACCCAUCUGGAACGCCGAGCCUCCUUUCUCGCCUACCACCCACCAUUUCGAAAGUCCAAAAUUACUAUUUGGGGAACGUGAAAAGACUUCAGGAGGACUCCCUGCGGAUUGGCAAGCGCAGGCAGAUGCUGAAAGACUUAGACACGGCUUUGACCCAGUGCACGGCGCACGAUUCGGUCCCAGUGUCGGCCAAACGAAGUAUGGGAAAGACGACCACCACGACGGGGAAGGGUCCGAACAGGAUGGCGACAUCGAAGAAGGGACGUCCAUCGGGGAGGAGAACACACCCUCACGCACUCGAAUCGCCCCUGAGGUUAAGGCUGCAUCAUCCAAGCAUGGCAAAGUGAAAGUGAAACGGGGCCACAGGCCAGAAGAGCUGGCGAUAACUCGCCCUUCACCAUUGAAGCACAGAAAGUCUCUGAGCGACGUUGCGCCGGCUGUCGUGGUCGAGCCAUCGAGCCGGCAACAGAUCAAUCGUUUCAACGUCUACAAGUCGCUCGAGGCAGACCCUGAGACGGCACCGCUGCCAGACAAUCUUGCUCAAACGGUCCGAAUCCCUCAGUCACUUGGAUCACUUGUGCACCCACCAGCCUUCUCGUCCAAAAUGUCUUCGCUCCACGAAUCGUCUUCUGACGAAGAGAAACCUUUACCGGCAAACAUCUCUGACCCUCUACGACUGGCUACCAAACAUCGCCGCUCCGAAGCCGACCUGGAUUUCGACCCGGAAAUCCUCAAAACCAAAACCAUGGCGGAGCUCGACGCCAUCCCAUACACAACGGACCCACGGUACUCAUCAGCACCCGAGCCGGCUCUCGACGCCAACGGCACCCCGCUGACCCUAUCCGCCAGACUCACGAACCUGACCAAAAUGCGGCCCGACGACCAACGCAACCUGUUCAAGUCCCUGACCGACGCCGAGCGCGAGCAGACGGCAGACUGGUUCGUGGACAGAUUCCGGACGGACAUGCAGCGGCUGAUGACCGCGCGGCUGGAGAGGAGGAAAAUCUCCCUCAAGUACGAGCUGGAAGUGCGGAAGAGGCAGAGGCAGGUCGAGGCGAAGAGGGGGGACGUGGAACAGGAACUGGCCGGGCUCAAGAAGGGUGGCGGAGAGCUGAUCAGGGGGAAAUCGCCGGCGAAAUGA